AUGGCUCGUCAUGUACCUGAUGAGCAACGACCACUGCUCGGUGAAGAAAUCCAGCCUAACGAUGGUACUUUCGAGGAGAACAUCCCCACUGGGGAAAUUGUAGAGGAGCCAUCGCUCAAGAAGCUCUCUACCAUUGUUGGAAGCUUGUGGCUUUCUGGAUUCUUUGCUGCAUUGGACUCGACCAUUGUCGCUACUCUUGCUUCGCCAAUCAGUGCUGCCUUUCACUCUUCAACGUUGUUAUCUUGGAUCGCUUCCGGAUAUCUUAUUGCCAAUGCCGCUAUUCAACCUCUGUCGGGUAGAGUGACAGACAUCUAUGGCCGCAAAGCAGGCGUUGUCUUUGCGUGCACUUUCUUCGCGGUAGGAACUCUCAUUUGCGGUCUUGCUGUUAAUGCGCCCAUGAUGAUUGCUGGACGAGUCAUUGCGGGAAUCGGUGGAGGGUGCUUAAAUACUCUCAAUGCCUUUAUCACUAGUGAUCUGAUCCCUCUUCGCAAGCGCGGACUGUGGCAAGGCUUUGGAAAUAUUGUCUACGGCCUCGGUAUGGGUCUGGGCGGCACCUUUGGUGGUUUCAUGAAUGACUACCACAACUGGCGAUGGGCCUUUUACGUGCAGGUGCCGUUUAUCGUGAUCGCCGGAAUUCUGGGUGCCAUUUUCAUCGAUAUACCCGUCAAAGAUACGGGCAAAAAACGCCUGGCUCGUGUCGAUUUUCUUGGCGCCUUUACCCUGUGCGCCAGUUUGGUGCUGCUGCUCCUCGGUCUGAACAGUGGUGGUUCCCUCGUGCCCUGGACGCACCCGCUCGUUCUUGUCAGCAUCCCCCUCAGUGUAGUCCUCUUUUUUAUCUUUGUUGUCGUCGAGGAUCGAUUCGCUGCUGAGCCUGUCAUCCCCGUCCGCCUUGUUCUCCACCGCACUGUCCUUUCCGCAUGUCUGACCAACUGGUUCAUGACCAUGUGCGUGUUUGCAAUGUUCUACUAUGUUCCGAUAUACUUCCAAACUGUGAUAGGGAUGAGCUCAACCGCAGUUGGUGUUCGUCUGAUCCCACAGUCGGUCGGAUCGGCAGUAGGCUCACUCGUUGCGGGCCUGAUAAUGCGCACAACAGGCCGCUAUCAUGGAUUGAACAUGGCAACGCAGGCAGUUCUUCUCACAGCCCUCGUUACGAUCAUGCUGACUUUCAACGAGUCAAUGCCUGCAUGGGAGCCUUUCGUCGUUCUCGCAUUGUCCGGAUCGGGCUACGGAGCUACACUAACCGUGACGCUGCUGGCUCUACUUGCUGCUGUGGGCCGCGAACACCAUGCUGUCAUCACGUCUGCGUCGUACGCCUUCCGCUCGACUGGUAGUACAAUCGGCAUCACGAUCGCAUCGGCCGUGUUCCAGAACUUGCUUCAGAGCGGGCUAUGGAAGCGGUUCGGGAGCGAAGAGGGUGCUGCGGAUAUGAUUCGUCGUAUCCGUGAAAACGUCGGCGGCGUGACGGAUCUGCCUGAAAGUUGGAAACAGGGCGUUGUGGACUCUUAUGCAGAGUCAUUGAAGGGUGUCUGGAUUCUGGUUACGGGUCUGGGUUUCAUGGCAGCCUUUUCAAGUCUAUUUAUGAUGCAGCACACCCUACAUGCUAAACUAGAUCGGAAAUAG